GCCGAGUUGGCCAUAAAUCAAUGGGCCGCCUUAGCUGCCACACGAGCCACAAAAAGUGUUUGCAAGUGGAAAAUGAAUAUUUGGCCCAGAACGGAUCCAAAAUAAAAUAAUAAUCGGGCUUAAAGCCAGCUGCAUAAGGUCUUCCUCUGGCCGGAGGUUUUUUUUUUCUUUUUUUCUUUUUUCGGUCUGGUCUGGUCUGGUCUGGUAUAUAGGUAUGGUCUAUUCCCUGCCAGCUUCAGAUCACGAAUGCUCGCUCAACCUUGGCGCACAGUCAGGGAAGUCCGUCGAGGGUUGUCCCUGCACUGUCACAAAACAUGGAGAAUAUAUCUAUAAGAAGGAUUAUUUAUCUAUUUUUCAAAUUAAAGUCCUUAUCAUUAUGAAACUUGAAUAUCUUUCGGUAUUGAGUUUUAAACAGAAAUUAAAUUCUAGGGAAGCUAGUAAUUUUCUUUAAAAACCACAUUUUUCCUGAGUGUGGCAAUGGGGGAAGUGUUAAGCUCGCCACAGAAAGUGGAAAGAAGAGCCUGAUUAAUUAUGAAUUGAGUGUCUGAGCCGAGUUGCCUGCACUUGCACUUGUGUUUAUUUUUCUUUUACCAGUUUUUUUCCCUUUUUUUUUGUAUUUCACUUGUUGCACUUGCGGCACUUUUCAUAUUUUUACGCUUGCAGACUUCGCCUGCAGACUUCAUAUUGUUCAUACUAGAUAUAUGUAUAUACGUAUAUAUAUAUAUGUAUAUCAUCUGUGCGGAAAGAGGGCGGGGGCCUAAAAAAGGGCGGUACGGGGUCAGAGGCGGGCCUGCAAAAGGGGGAGGCAUUCGAGCAACAACUUUUGUCACGCCACUCAGUCGAGUCGAAAAAAAAGCGGUUCAGAGGGGGAUUGAAGUUUCCUUAUUAGACCCAUGAAAGUUUUAUAUUUUCAAAACUAUGAUAAGGAAUUAUAUAUUAAAAAGAAGUAGUAAAAAAUAAAUAGAAAUUCCCAUAAGAAUAUCCAUUAAAUAUCUUCUAUAUUUUAUGUAACACUUUCUAACCACAAAAUGUGCUCAAUUCUUCUAUAUAAAAAUCCAAAAAUAUUUCUUUUAAAACAUUUACCUAACCCUUGAUCCGCUCCUGUACUCUUUGGUGCACUUGCCACUUCACUUGCAACAUGCACUAAUGCUCAGCGGCACGUCCCAGUGUCUUUAUCAUAUAAACGGUGCGAUUUAAAUUAAUAAUUAAAGCGAACUUGUGGUUGUGGUCCCCUGGUCUUUCGUUUUGUGGUCUUGUGGGUCUCCGGUCUCUGGUCUCUGGUCUUUGGACUUGAGACUUGGAACUUGGCAAGCAUUGGGCCAUCUGCCCGUCGACGGCAGGUGGAUCGCAGGUGGAUGCGAGUGGAUUAAGCUGCCCACCCUUGAUGCCAUAAAUCAACGGGGACAUUGGGCUUGAUGCUCUGUGUUCAGCCAGAUGAGUCCGGCUUGGUUCAUCGCAUCCAACCGAAUCCAUUAUGGUACAGAGGCACUAUCCAAAAUUCACUAUAAAAUUAACUGAUUAUAAAAAUGGUAGGUAUAUAGAUAGUUUUUGACAUAAUGACAUUUUUAGCGAUGAACGCUAAAGGGAAGACUAUUUACAAAGACUUGUAAAAACUUGCGACCCAAUUUUGGUUUUCAAUUUGCAUAUUCUUCCUAUUUAUAUGUAAAUUUCGGAAAAUUAAAAACAAAAAAAACCUACGAAAAGGUUACCCAAAAAUACAGUCCAUAAGGAGUGAGAAGGAGCUGACUUAAUUUAGUCUCUACUACAUAGUUAAUAAGUAACUACUUUUCAGGAUGAUGAAUAUAUAUCUUUAUAAAUAUUUUAAAUAACCUUUUAAGCAGGCUUUCUCCCUUCUGUCAGACCCAAUCCAGCCUUUGAAAUGGGUCUAUAAGGAGUUGCUUAACAUAAAAUUUGCAGUUCAGUAUCAAAAAAAAAAAAAAUCAGUGGACAAAACUAUUUAAGGCAACUUGUUUGAAAGAAAAUUAGAGAUGCUGUAUAUGGAUGCAUUGUUCAAUAGUUUGUUGGUGGUAAGUUCCGGUUAUGCUAUGUACACCCUCCAUCCCCUGGAAACGCCCUACGGUUAUGGAACGGCGGCUUUGAGCCUGGUCCACGGAAUCUUGGGGGUGUUGCGGGCAGCGAAGAACGAUGAUGAUGAAUGCAAUCGUAUGAGAUUAAUAACAUCUGGUAUCAUGGAGAUAGUACCACUUCCACUCACCAAUAUCCAACUCUAUCUGCGAUCUAACAAUCCAAGUCUGGCCUUGGCCCAUGGCUGUUUUGUGGUGCCAUUAAUCUAUGAUUUAAUAGCCAAAAUGGGUGACAAUGAGGAUAUAUCUACGGAGACACUGAAAGAACUCACUCUUUUGGGAAAUGUGGUAUCUUUACUUUUUCUGGGCGUCAAUCAAUCGAAGUAUCUAUAUGGCGGCUUGGCAGCCGUUGCCUUUGCUGCCCGUUAUGGCUCCGUAAUUCUUGAUUACUAUAAGGAGGGAUUGGGCGCCGAUUUCAUUUUACUGGCUCAAUCCGUAUUCGUCGUCCUGAUGACCAUGACCCUUUCGGCCAAAUGAUGAUCAAGAAGUAGAUUGGAAUAACCUACCAGAAGAAAAACAUAACCAAAAAUAUCCAAGGCCAGCGGUUCGGUUCGUUGGCUUCCCAGCUCAAUAAACUUGCAAUUAAUGUUGGCAAAUUAAAAUGCAAAAAUAAACAUUAAUUGUUUUGUCACACUCCCAGCACGACGAAACAAAAAACUGCUUAA